ACCAUACAUAGAAUUAAAUUAGAAUGAAGUGUACCAUUAGGAAGUGCUGUUGCUGGGAGUUAAGAUGGGGAGCCUUGAUUAUCGUCCUUGUAGAUAUGAUUGUGACGGCGGCAGUUGUUUUGGAAACUAAGUAUCUAGCCUAUAAUGAGGACUGGUGGAUUGAUCAUGAUAUGGGGACGCUUGAGGUCAGCUGUACUUCUACCUACUAUGUUUGGAUCAUCACACUUGUCAUCCACUUCGCCCACCUAAUGUCCUGUGUUUUAGUCAUUGGCUCUGUUUGGGUGCAAUCCAAAAAUUUAGUCAUUGGCUAUCUAAUAACUGGCGCGAUUCGCAUUGUUUAUGAUCUUAUAUUUUUCAUUUAUGUUUGCGUCGCAAUUGGCUCUGUGAUUUUGACCUUGUUCCUUAUCAUCGGCGGAUUUGGUGUAGCCAUUUACUGUUGGAUCCUUGCCUACUCGUGGUUCAAGAUGAUCGAAAGUCCUAAUCGCGUGAAUUAACACCUAAUCAACUAAUCGCACCCAAGCAUGACGUAUAAUCAAUAUAAAUAAAUUCGAAAUGGACAC